GAUUUCUCCAUGCGACGAUGUCCGGUCAUCGUCCACAAGAGUCUUGGGGCUCAUUCAACUCAAGACACUCUACAACUGUGCGAGAAGAAGAAACUUUCGAGCUUAGUGAAAACGGAAAUCUCCAAGGCAAUGUACCAAAGAAAUUCGCAACGAAAUACAAAGACGGCAGCUCUAUCGACUGGUUGCACGAGGAAGCACUCGAACGUGAACGAGACUAUGUGAAGAAGUCACAGAAGAGCAUUCGUAGUCUGCUAUCAAUUUGGGCAGACUCUGCACGUGUAUGGCUGGUUGUGAUAUCUACAGGUAUCGGAAUUGGUGUGGCUGGCGCUUGGUUAGAUGUACUCGUCAAAUGGUUAGGGGAUCUACGCGAAGGUCGCUGUCAAGAGGGUUUCUUCUACAACCAGGUGUCAUGUUGUAGCGGGCUAGAUCCUGGAGAGUUUUGCACCGACUGGCAAACUUGGAGCGAAUACUUUAACGUGCGGAAAAUAUUCGCGCAGUCACUGUUACAGUCGUCGAUCUAUGUAACAUUGGCAGUAGUUUUCGCUGGCAGCGCUGCCCUUUUAGUGAAUACAUAUGCACCUUACGCAUUCCACACAGGAAUUCCUGAGAUCAAAGCUAUUCUUGGCGGCUACGUUUUUGACGCAUUUCUCACUCCCUGGACGCUUCUCAUCAAAGCUCUUGGGUUGGCACUCGCAGUAGCUUCGGGGUUGUCACUGGGAAAGGAAGGUCCUUUAGUCCACGUAGCUUGUUGCAUGGCGUACAUGCUGUCGCGGUUGUUUAAGCAAUUCAAACAUAGUGAAGCUCAGAAACGCAAGAUCCUAGCUGCCGCGGCCGCGGCUGGUGUGUCAGUAGCUUUUGGUAGCCCAUUGGGUGGCGUCAUAUUCUGUCUUGAAGAGCUGGAUACUUUUGCUCUUGAAUCGGAUGUUAUGUGGCGGGGGUUUGUGGCAUCCGCUAUUGCAGCCGUAUCUCUACAGUACAUCGAUCCAUUUGGUACCUCGAAGCUCGUUCUUUUUCAAGUCACCAGUGGUGGAGAUACUUGGAGGGCUUUCGAACUGAUUCCUUGGUUGACCCUUGGCAUCAUUGGUGGCGUCCUUGGGUCUCUUCUCAUCAAACUCAACGUCGAGAUCGCGCUUUACCGUAGACAUAGCGUGCUGAAUGAAUAUCCUAUACUGGAGGUUGCUACAGUUAGUGCCAUCACAGCCGCCAUAGCAUAUCUUGUUGUGUUUACCCGCGUGCAAUCUUCCGAACUAGUUGCAAAUCUAUUUCAAGAAUGUGAUCCUGCAAGAGGAGAUUACCAUGGUCUAUGCAACCCAACAGCAAUGUGGGAGAACGUCUUUCUGUUACUCAUUUCAGCAGCCAUCAAACUGGCUCUUACUGCAUGGACAUUCGGAAUGAUGGUCCCUGCUGGUAUCUUUUUGCCCACUAUCGCGAUAGGAGCUUGCAUCGGACGUGCUGUAGGGAUGUUGACUCAAUCACUUCAAACUACGUAUCCCAAGGCAUGGAUUUUUCUGGCGUGUCCACCAGAUCCUACCGUACGAUGUGUCUCGCCUGGCUUCUACUCUGUCAUUGGGGCUUCUGCAAUGCUAGGCGGCGUGACACGAAUGACGGUCUCUCUUGUGGUGAUUCUAUUUGAGUUGACGGGGGCAUUAUCCCAUGUACUACCAAUCAUGGUUGGCGUCAUGACUGCGAAAUGGGUUGGUGAUGCGCUCGGGGAAGAUGGAAUAUACAACGUCUGGAUUAGUAUGAGGCAGUAUCCCUUCAUACCGCCUGUGGACUACAAUGAUAAAGGGCGAAUAGCUGCGGAUGCGAUGAGGCCUUUCGGGAUGCUGAAAAAAAUUCAAGAAGGUCAAGCGACACUGCAAGACAUAGAAAAUUUAGUCAAUGUCCAUGAAUAUCAUGGGUUUCCGGUCGUUCGAGGAAGAGAAUUGAUAGGAUAUGCCACACGCGAUAAAUUGAUAUCCUUUAUCGAACUUAAUCUAUCCCCGGAGACAGCUCGGAAAAGAUGCCGAUUUUCCUCUCCAAAACACCAGCUUACUCCUUCAAAUGACAACACCAUUGAUAUUCUUGAUUUAACAUCUUGCCUUGAAAGAUCAAUUCUUCAUCUUCGUAAAGAAGUGCCUCAAGCAUUAGUGGUACGCAUGUUCCAAAAAAUGAACCUGCAUCAAAUACUCUUUACUCAUCGAGGGCAACUCGACGGGAUGUUGACAAAGCCAGAUGUGGUUUCUUUGCUGACAGCCCAUUUUCCGCACGCAGGUGCACUUUCGUCAAAGGGGGAGUCACAGUAGGAAUGACGAUGCAGACAUUCAGUAUGAAAUCCUAUCAUAGUACACUCUUCAAGAGGCACGCAUGCCUAGUCGCAUUAUUCGUUAUUCAAUGAGAAGUUGACAGUAAAUAUUCUGAUAUAUAGUAUACAGCCAUUAAUCUAGGAGGAUUUU